AUGUACUCGAUUCCAAGAGAUAACUAUCACAGCCCCAAGAUGAGAUGGUCCAAGGAGGAGGAUGCAUUGCUAAUAAGACUCGUGGCGGAGAAUGGGACAAAUCGCUGGAGUUUUGUAGCGAACAAGAUCCACGGUAGGACAAGUAAGCAAUGCCGUGAGAGAUGGUUCACUAACUUAUCUCCAGAUAUCAACUGCAAACCUUGGACUGCCGAGGAAGACACAACAUUAAUUCAACUUCAUUCGCAACUUGGGAACAAAUGGGCACAAAUGAAACCUAUGUUUAAUGGUAGAACAGGUACUGCCAUUAAGAAUCGCUGGGUUUGGUUGUGUAAGCAUAAGAUCCCAGACAUUAUCGAAAAAUUUACAACUCCAAAAGAACUUCCAGCAAAGCCUAUCGACGACACAAUCAAAGAUGAACUCGAUUAUUACUUCUCCACAGAAUGUGAUGCGAUAGAAUCCCUCUUCGUACCAUUCUAA